AUGCAGGCUUUUGACGAUUAUUCUUUCAAGAAGUACCACCUGGAGGACCUCGGGGGCCCAGACGGCGCCAUUGUUGAAGAGAUCGGUCUGCGAUUCUUCUGCGUCGGCAGGGAGACCAACGUUUGCCUCCUGGGCCAACUCGACGUCAGACGUCCAGACGACGUGGAGAAAGCCGUUCCCGGUGGAAAAGCCGCCGACAAAGCCGCCGCCAGUGAUGACAGCAGCAGCGAUGAUGAGCCAGAAAGGGAGCGGCUACGAGAGGAGCAGUACGGGUAUCCGGCCAUGGGCAAAGCCAGAAGACGGACGUCUCAACAGGCCGCCAGCCCUGUUCAAAGCUCUCAAAGAACAAUCAGCGAGAAUCCGAGGCAAGAUUCCGCCACAUCGACAGCAGACCAAGGGUCCCCUGAUGAGCAUGUCUCCCACUCAGAAAGAGGCGGCAACAGGUCCUUGCAGUGCGGCGUGUGUGACAAAGUUUUCAGCCACAGGUCUCAACUACGAACACACUUGUUUUUCCACGCUCGCGUCAAACGGUACGCCUGUGACGUGUGCGGUAGGAAAUACAUGCUAAAGGCCAGUCUGGUGAUCCACAGUCGCACGCACACGGGCGAGAGGCCCUUCGAAUGUUCGUCCUGCCCAGCCACGUUCAUCAGCCGCAAGAGUCUGAGAAGACACAUGAUGACUCACACCAGCGAAAGACCGCACGAAUGCAGCGUCUGUGGAAAGAGAUUUUCCACGAAAGCAAAGCUCGCGUACCACGCAGUGACCCACACGGGGGAGAAGGCGUUCGCCUGCCACGUGUGCGGCCGAAAAUUUUCCCAGACAGGCGCACUCAGGAUCCAUGCCCGUACGCACACAGGGGAGAGGCCGUACGCCUGCCACCUAUGUCCCGCUACGUUCUCACACUUGCCUACGCUGAAAAGGCACGUUGCGAGCCACACCGGCGAGCGACCUCACAAAUGCGACGUGUGCGGACAGAGUUUCACAUCGCGGUGCAACCUUUGGCGGCAUAAGUUCGUUCACUCGGGUGUGAAGAAGUUUAGUUGUGAGCAGUGCGGCAGCGCGUUUAGUCUGAAACAAGGGCUAACGAGACACCUCCGCAAGCACACGGGCGAGAAGCCUUACCACUGUCACCUAUGCCCCGCUGCUUUCGCGGAGACGGGUGCUCUAAAACAACACGUUCUGACCCACACUGGGAACAAGCCGUACCUCUGCCACCUAUGCCCUGCUGCAUUCGCGGAAUCGGGUACGCUAAAAAAGCACGUUCUGACCCACACCGGUGAGCGACCUCAUGGGUGUGACAUAUGUGGGAGGAGAUUUGCCCUUAGAUCGAACCUUUCGCGGCAUAAGCGUAUUCACUCAAAGAGUACCUAA